AUGAAAGAGAGAAUCACGGAGGAGGAGCCGCUCAGCCCGAUGGCGCGUGUAUUUCAAUCGCCAGACGUGGACUACUGCGUCGUCACCAUCAUGGGCUUCAAAACCAAGAUUUGUCCAGACGUCCUUAUUGAUGCCUUGAAGCAUAAUGUCUCCAAGCUUCCUCGUUUCUCCACUAAACUGACAGAGGAUGGUUCAAAAUGGAUAGAGACUCAAGUCAAUGUAGAAGACCAUGUAGUUGUACCAUACAUAGACCCAGGAGAGAUAGGUGAAGAUGGACAAGGCUUUGUCGAUGACUAUAUCUCACGUCUCACGAUGAUUCCUCUCGAUAGAUCAAGACCCUUGUGGGACAUGAACAUCCUUAACGUCAAAACAUCAGAUGCUGAAGCGGUCGGUGUAAUUAGAUCUCACCAUUCAUUGGGAGAUGGAACGUCCUUGAUUUCCCUCAUGCUUGCAUGUACCCAUAAGACAUCAGACCCAGAAGAUACUUCUAUUCCUUCCUUGAAACGGCGUGAAACGGUGCUUAGAAAUCAAGGCUGGUUCUUAAGGUCGAUGUUCAUCAUUGGUUCUACAGCGAGACUGCUUUGGAACACACUUUUAGAUAUGUUGCUUCUUUUGGCUACUAUGUUUUUUUUGGAGGAUUCAAAGACGCCUCUAAAAGUUGGUGAAGAUGUCGGGAGGAAUCCAAAAAUAUUUUAUCACAGAGCUAUCUCUUUGGAUGACAUAAAACUUAUAAAAAACGCUAUGAAUAUGACUAUCAACGAUGUUCUAGUCGGAGUAACGCAGGCCGCUCUUUCUCGUUACUUGAACCGACUAUAUGGGAACAAGAAAGAAGAAGAGAACGGAACACUGACAUCGUAUCCGAACCAUCUUCCAGAUAGACCACGUUUCCGUGCAGCUUGUACAGUAAACAUGAGGUCGAACAUCGGAUCCAAGCCUUUGGCAGAUAUGAUGGCCAAGGAUUCUAAAUGCAGAUGGGGAAACUACUUCGGCUUUAUCAUCUUGCCUUUUCACAUGGGUUUACAAACCGAUCCAUUGGUCUAUCUAAAACUAUCCAAAUCCAUGAUGGCUCGAAAGAAGCAUUCUUAUCACGCUUUACUAGUGUAUUUUAGUAUCAAAAUCGCCAUAAAAGUGUUUGGAACUAAGGCAGCAGCAACAAUAUUGAACCGACCCGUGAAGAAUUUAACUACAUGCGUUUCAAAUAUCAUUGGUCCCAUGGAGGAAAUCAGUUUCCGUGGCCAUCCUAUCACUUAUAUCGCUUUAAGCUCUUACGGACACUCACAACCGUUGUUGGUACAUUACGUAAGUUAUGCGGGGAAGAUGAUAAUCUCGUUAGCGGUUGAUCCUACAAUCAUACCGGAUCCUCACAAGAUAUGUGAUGAUAUGGAAGUGUCACUCAAGUCAAUGAAAGCUGCUCUUUCUGAAUCGUGA